ACAGCUUGAUCUGCUGUUGCACUGGACUGAUGACUUAGCUUUCGGUUGAUGGUUUUUCAUCCUUGAACCAUGAUUUUCCAUGAGUUUUUUGGCUUAUAAUCUUGCUUUAGUCGGUGGCGAUUCAACUUCUUGAAAUCAGAUGUCGAUGGAUACUGUAUGGACGAUAGGAAUAAUACUGGUGGCUUGUUUUACACCCGACAUUUUAUGUCAAGGUCGUGAAGAUGGUUCCAAAGAAGUGUAUGACCUAACUUCAGAGACAGAUUUUCGCUCGGUGACUUUACAUUGGCGCUAUGAGAAGUACCCUCCACCAAUUGGAUUCUUUGUCACUUUAUGUGAAGUGACACCCUGGUCAAGAAAUAAUAAUGCUGAUUGUUUCGAGCGACAUCUGUUGUUGGGGAAAAGAAACGCUCUUGUAGCGCAUGAUAAUGUUGUUGAAGAAGGGAACGGUCAGUAUAGAGCCGUGUUGUUUGGAUUGCGCAUGCUCAGUAACUAUUCGAUCUCAGUCAAUCCUAUGGAAGAACAAAAUCGACUAGGAGGAUUUACUAGCACUGGGACAAGAAGAGCCAAUCUGCAUCCUGCAGAUAAAAUCCUAAUAACAACAAAAGGAUUUUCAGCUUAUGCUCGGAAUUGUCUCGCCAAUUCUUCAGAAAUUGUUGUUUUAAGUGGACCUCAUUUUGGUGGCAAAAUAGCGGUAGAAGGUUCUUCAGACGAACGGUGUGCUCUUUACGGCAACAGGAGUAGUCCUCAGGAUACGUAUGUGCUCAAAAUCGAUCACAAAAUGUGCGGCAGCCAGACUGUGAAUGAUUCCCGAAUCGACACGGUAGUAGUGGUGCAUGAGAGCAGUAGCGUCGUCACGCAUAAUUCUCGUAGGUUCCUCGUACAGUGCAAUUUCUUACCGGAAACCUUCACAAUCAAGGCAGCUUUCAACGUGCCACAAGAGAGUGGAGAUAAGCGUAACUUCAACUAUAAACAGCUGGAGGAGGCUUUGAAGAAUGUAGAUUCCAACGACGUGUUCACUUAUGAAGAUUACAAGCAAAACCAUGUCAAAGACUCGAGGAUGUCUUCCGAGCAAGUGCAGUCCGUCUUACACGGUGGACCGCCGGGAUACGAGUCUCAGAUGCUGAGCCUCCUGGUCGUCAUUAUUGUGCUCAUCAUCGUCAUCGUGCUCGUGAUCGGUCUCGGGCUGUGGUGCUACUUGAGUGCUCAUCGGCGUCGCACGGACAGCGCCGACAUCGAGACUCUCUCUACGUCGGGCUCCUCCUUCAUGGCUUGUCACGUGACAGGAGACGGGGACGCCCUCGUGCAGACGCCCCCUCCCCACCUGGGCGGCCUGCCCCACAGAGAUGACGUGUACAGUCAGACUUUUCCGCGAACCUUCUAUGGAAACCAGGUGGCACUGGUAUCUCUGAAACCUGUCAAAGAGCUCUACUGACUCACUUUCCUCUGCUUAAUUUUAUUUUAAUAUCCAAAAGCUAUUGUUUCAUGGGACUAUGAUGCUA